UUUUUUUCCUUCAUUAUUGAAAUGACAACUGAAACGGAUAGACUCUUUCAUAAAAAUAAACAAUAUGAUGCUUUGUAUAAUGAUAUGGAUGAUACAAUACACCUUGUUACUGAUGAAUUAGAUGAUGAUAUUGAUUCUCAGUCUGAUAAUGAAAAGAAUCUUGGUGAUGUCUCUUUAUUUCUACUCACUCUUUGUCUUUGUAUUGGUGCAUUUUUGGCAGCUCUAGAUAGUUCGAUUGUUUCUACGAUCUUUAAUAUUAUUGGUACUGAAUUCCAAAGUUCCAAUUUAGCGGUUUGGGUUAUUACCUCCUAUUUGCUCAGUGCAUCUGCAUUUCAACCGAUGUAUUCAAAGAUCAGUGAUAUUGUAGGUCGUAAAACAACCUUGGUUUUCAUUCUCACGUUUUUCUUGAUUGGAUCUGUUGGAUGUGGUGCUGCUCAAAAUAUGGUACAACUGGGUAUAUUUCGGGCCAUUGCAGGUCUAGGUGGUUCCGGAGCUAUGGUCAUGAGUUCUGUUGUCAUUCAUGAUCUUGUAGAAAUGAAGAAACGUGGACAGUAUCAAUCUUAUAUUAACAUGUCACAGACGGUUGGUGCUGCAGUUGGUGCCCCUUUGGGUGGAAUGAUCAAUGAAAUGUUUGGAUGGAGACAUUGUUUUUAUUUAAACGUACCUCCUUGCUUGUUUAUUCUCUAUGUUUAUAUCUAUCGUUUGCAAAAUUAUAACCUAUCUGAACAUUGGUCAACCAAUCUGGCUUCCAAAUGCAAACGAAUUGAUUAUUUCGGUGCUCUUUUAUUACUGAUCGCCAAUACUACAUUUGUUAUCGCCACUUCCUUUGGUGGAAAUACUCUUGAAUGGACAAAUCCUUUGAUUAUUAUGUUAUUAGUCCUCUCUCCCAUCUUCUUUGUCUUGUUUGCUAUCAAUGAAUUCUACUGGGCUUCCUAUCCUAUGAUUUCAAAAGAAUUGCUCAAGAAUCGCAAUGUCGUGGCUGUCUGCUUGAACAACUUUUUCUUGUGUAACUCUACUAUGACCUUGAUCUUUUUGGUGCCUCAAUUCUUUAUGGGCGUUCUUGGUUAUCCAUCUUCUGCUGCAGGUUUAUGGACAUUCAGUCGUACGGCUUGUGUUGCAUUAGGAUGCUGGGUUGCUGGAAAGAUCUUGGCUGUCAAAGGAAGAUAUUAUCGUUAUAUUCUAUUUUCCAUGGUGAUUCAACUGAUAGCUACGAUACUCACAUACAGCUGGACUCCGUCAACACCAAUUUGGUCUAUGAUUUUCACCAUGAGUUUUGAAGGUUAUGCUUUUGGAUCAGUUUUUGUCUUUACAAUGGUAGCUUUGGUUGCGGACAUUGAUCAUCAAGAAACAGCUUCUGCUACAUCAAUGUUAUUCCUAUGUCGAUCAACUGGAUGGUUAAUGGGUGGUAGUCUUUCAGCAGCCAUACUUCAAGCUUCAUUGAAAGAGAAUCUCAUUCGUUCCAUAAGUGGACCUCAAGCAAAAGAAAUCAUUGAAUUUGUACGAACUUCUAUUUCAAAAAUUCGAUUAUUGUCACCUAGUAUUCAAAUCAUUGUCAUCAAGUCGUUACAAGAUGCUAUCCAUAGUUCCAUAUAUUAUGCCGUGAUUACCUCUGUACUUUGUCUAGUUGUAUCUUGUUUUAUGAAAAAUUGUGAUCUUCUUCACAAGCAAUCCAAAUAGAUAUCCUUAUAUUAUUGUUACACAAUUACUUCAUUCAACAAUAGUCUUUGCAUGUUAGAAUUCAUUAUUUUUUUUAGUAUCAUCC